ACAUUAGUCGAACUAAAACCGUUGAAUGAGUCGGACGCGGGGUUUGUGCUCGUUGGCAUCGCAAGUGUAAAGAAAUUUAACAAUUUAUUGCAACGAAUUUGUUGUAAUUGCAUACAUAAAAUGCACAACGCAACGUGCAAUUAAUUCAUUAAGCGCAUACGAUUUUUUUGUAUUGCUAUUUACAAAAUUCAAGAAUCAGCGAGAUAUACUUUGAGUAUAUUUGAAUAGCAUAAACAACAUAAAGAGAAGAUAUUUUCGCUGAAAAGCCAAAAAAAAGCUCUUUAUGCUGCCGCUGACCGUUGUACAAUUAUAAACAAACAAAAAAAAAGCAGAAAAAAAACCAAAAACAAACCUUUGGAAUACACUAUUUUCAUCAACUUCUGUAUUAAAUAUCGUCGACUUCGCCACCCACGCAACGAAAAUGAAAUCAAAACUGAAAGCUGCGCUGCUGACGUCGCCGUCAUCGUUGAUGUUAAUAUCAUGGAUGCUUUUGAUUCUGCUGGUGGCCACCACACAAGCAGCUGAUGAGAAAUCUGUGAAACCAUCGGCAGCGGCGCCCUCAUCGACAUUCUCAUCAACAUCAGCGCAUCGAGAUGAAAUUUAUAUCGAUGAUGAAGGCACUGACGGAUCCGGCGGACAUGGCGGGAUACACGAUGAUCUAGACAAGGAUCCGGACUAUUCUGGCUCUGGCUUUGGACCCGAUGACGAGGACGCCAUAACCGAUCAUCAUCAUACGCGAGUGCAAGGCGGUGGCCACACAAACAGUAAGCAUAAUACGAACGACAACAACAACAACGACCUCAUCUCGAGUAGAGUCAACCAUCAUAAUCAAAUCGACAUCAACAAGAACAACAAUAAUAAUAAUAAUAUAAAUCUUAAUAAUAAUAAUAAUAAUAAUCAUCAAGCGAAUAGUGGCACCAUCAUUGGUAGUAGCACCAACAACGCCAACAAUAAUCAUAAUAUCAACAUCAACAACAACAACAACAACAACGGCAUCAUCAGCAGUGGUAGUGACAUCAGCACAAUCGCAGCUCAUACACCAACAACACAAACAACAACCACAAGUAAGACCACCACCUCCUCCACCUCCACCACAACCAGCAGCACCACCGCCUCCACAAGCACAUCCACAACAACAACAACCACCACAGAACCGACCAUCAUCGACACACCCAACUCCUCAUUCAAUAAGUCCCAAACCGCAACACAACGCACGCCUCCAUUGCCCGAACCUGAAGAGGAUGACGACGGUUUUGAUCUGGAAGAACACCUCCAAGGCAGCGGCGAUGGCGAUGGCGAUGACGAUGAUGACGGUGAAGGAGAACACGACGAUGAUAACGAUGACGAUGACGAUGAAGAUAGUGAGGAUACCAAUGAUAGCGAUGAUUAUGUGACUAAGGACGAUGAUCUGAUUGUUCCCGAUCAUAAGAGCGAGCUUGAAUCGCAUCGCAAGGAGGAUAAGAAUGAUGAACAAACCAUCGAUGUGGAUGGCGGCGAGGAUGAUGAAGAAAUAUACGUUGAUAUCACUGACAAGAAGGAAGAAGGCACGGAUCGAACCUCCUCAGGCUCGGGUGGCAGCGUCAGCACCAACUUCCAAGAAUUGGACCCCAACAGAAAUAUCAAUAGCCAGCCGACAGACACGAAAAUCGUUGAGCACAGGCCCGGCGGCAAUAGCGAGGUGGUCAUCAUGAGCGAGGAGGAUCGCACGACAAGCUUCUUUGCGCAGCCUGGCAUCUUGGCUGCUGUCAUUGGAGGCGCCGUUGUUGGCCUACUGUGUGCCAUACUUGUGGUCAUGUUCAUUGUCUAUCGCAUGCGGAAAAAGGAUGAGGGUUCCUAUGCGCUGGACGAGCCAAAGCGUUCGCCCGCCAACAACUCCUAUGCGAAAAAUGCGAAUAAUCGUGAGUUCUACGCCUGAGAUAAUGGCACAGCGCGCAGGUAUUAAGCUGAUCGAGAGCUGGAGUGCGAGUAGGCAGCAACAGCAGCAGCAGCAGCGGGAGGAGGAGGAACCGAGGAGCGGAGUCAUGACGACAACACUUGACAACUUAAGGUUAACGCGUGCAUUUGAAUUUGGUUAACAAACAAAAGCUCGGCUCAAUACACUGCGUGAUAAUAACAACAUCAACAAGAAGGAGAAUAACAUUAACAAAUUGAACUAACAACUGGAGGGAAAGCUACAAACAUCAACAAUAACAACAACAACAUCAGAAGCAACCACUCUGAAGAUCACACAAUUUUUCGCAAGGGGUAAACAAACAAAAAACAAAAAAAAAAAAAAAACAAUGAAGAAAAACAAAUUUUCAAACUUACCUGUAAGUCAAAUGCGGCACACACACACGUGUGUCUGUGUGUGCAAACUUUUCUAAUUAAGUAAGUUUUAAGUAAAUUGUGUAAUACAAAACAAACAAAAAAAAAACAAAAGGAAAAAACAAACAAAAUAUCAAAUAUGAAAGCAAAGUAAAUCAUGCGAAAUUUAAUAUAUAAAAUAAAAUUAUAUAUAUAAAUAGUAAAAACCAAUAUAAGGGCGGGCAAAUUAAGCAAAUUAAUUAUGUAGCGAAAAACAAAAAGAAUAAUAAAAUAUAUAUACACACACACACACACACACACACCUAAAAACCAUCCACACACACACACACACACACAUAGAUGUAAACGCAUAGUUAUUUGUAUCAAUCGAUAACUUUUCGUGCAAAUUGAAUGAAUAUUAUUAUUAAUAAUAUAUGUUAGCUGAAUAAUACACAAUACAAUACACAAGAACACUAUACACAACACAAUUACAUAAUUGGAUGUCAGUUUAAAUUACUAAAAGCAAAAUAAAAAAAUGAAAGUAAAAUGAUAACUACAAAUAAUUACAUUCGCCAAUCUGUAAACCACACAAAAAUGUUAAUUUAAACAAAUUCGAAUUACCACAAAAAACAAAAACAAAAAAACAAGCCCAAGUUAACUGAAACUCUGUGUGGCACAUUAAACAAUUGAAAUUGAUGCAUAAAUGUUUUUAAGUUUAUAUUAUACAUAAGCAUAACUAUGUAAUUAUUAGUGUAAUUCCUAAAACAAAACAAAAAAACAACAAAAAAGCAAAAAACAAAACAAAAAAUAUAUGAACAAAAAACCAAAACGAAAAAACGGAAACGAAAAACAAGCGUAUAAACAUUUUUCUGGCAAAACAAAAAACUAAAGAAAUAUUGUGAAAAUCAACUGAAAACUGAAACCAACUGAAAACUGAGGAAAAAACCACACAAAUUUCUACUAUUUUCUAAAAAAACGAAAACGAAAACAAAUGAAAAAUAUUUAUUACAAAGUGGUAUGAAAUGAUUUAGUGAAAAGCAAUUUGUAUAAUUAUAAUUUUUGAUUAAGUUUCGGCAGCUCUAAUUUUAUGGCAAUUAUCGAUGCGCUGUGCUGAAUUUCUUAAUUACUUCCUCUUCCAUGGCUAAGAAUCAAAAUCAAAAAUAAAACAACGCAUGAAUUGUGCAUUUAUUUAGCUUUACGUUCCAAUUUUCACUAUCUAUCUAUAUCUAAUUCUUUCUCACUGUCUCUGGCAAUUGUUUAACUUUUUACAAGCAAUACGAAAA